UCUAAGGCCAAAAGGCGCCAAGAUUCUGUUUGAACAGGUGAGGAGCCCUGAGGUUUAAGGGCUGAGAAAGGAGAUCAAGCUAGGAGGCUGGAAUCCUCAUCUAGCCUGGCCUGGGGCUGAUCCUAUAGUCUGUGACUCGCUCAGGCCACACCCAGUGCCUACUCCGCCCGCGAUUUUCUGAGCAGAGCUGGAGUUUUCUUUUGAGAACUGGAGCAGCGAGGACGUAUGAAUGACCCGCUCGCCGGGAUCGAGCCCGGGAGAUUCCGGGGGCGGGCCGUGUGCUCUCCGCGCGGGGUCGGGGCUGGGCCGCCCGUGGAUCCCUGCGCUCCGGUUCCCACGCCGUCGGAGACCGACAGGGACCUCUCAGCGGCAGGUGGGGACGUGAGAUCGCGGACGCGAGAGAAUUUGGAUUGCCAGUCCUGGGUCAGAGAGAAAGUGCUCUUUCUUCUGAACCCCGAGAGGUGGUUGGGAACACAAGCGGACCCUGCUUGCGCAGAGCUGGUGGAUAGCGAGGACUUCCGACCGAGGAUUGAAGACCGCCGCUAUUCGGAAUCUGAGCCGAAGCUUUCCCGCAGGCGCAUUGCCACGGUCCCCGGAGCCCAGGCUCGGAGCCCAGCAGCCACCCCCAGGUCCGUGUUGGUGCGGGUCGUGGAUUACCAUGAGACGCAGGAGGUGCAGCGGACUGAGUGGACCAAGGGUCAGAUGACUACGAGGACCAAGGAGCGCUCUGUAACCGCAGUCACCUUUCGCACCCAGAGUGAUUGACAUCGUUUGUGUGGCACUGGGGCGAGAGCAGAACCUGGAUGUACCCCGCAUUGCUAUGGGAGGAUAAUUCGUCGCCAAAGAUCCGAACCCGAGAAUUGUUCCAGGGCUAGGGAUGCGAGAAAACGCUCGAAGAACCUACUCUCAGCAGUUUUAGACUUCCUCUGUGGCGUCAGUGUCUGACAGCCUUUAAGAGAAUAAAAGGUGAAGAGCAAGAACACUUUCCAUUUCACAAGAGUCUUUGGAAGAACAUCCAAACCUGUCCUCUGUAUUAAGGCAUGUCUCAGGAUGACCAGGUCUCGGCAUCUCUCAGGAUGACCAGGUCUCGGCAUCUCUCAGGAUGACCUGGUCUCGGCAUCUCUCAGGAUGACCAGGUCUCGGCAUCUCUCAGGAUGACCAGGUCUCGGCAUCUCUCAGGAUGACCAGGUCUCGGCAUCUCUCAGGAUGACUGGGUCGUGGCUCUUUGACUUAACCUCUACCUCACAGAAAACUGACUUCGUCUGAAAUUGUCUUUGUUGGAUAAACUGUUCCAAAGACUCCCAGAGGGCCAUCUGAACACAAUAGACUGCGACAAAUGUCAGAGUAACAUAACCGCCAUGAUCAGGCCAGUGCCUACCUCUGUUUUUUAAAUCAAUAUAUAUAUUUAUUUUGAGACAGUGUCUAGCUGUGUAUCCCAGGCUUGCUUUGGACUUGAUGUCUAGCCUGUGAUGACUGAACUGGACAUCUUCCUCAGCCUCCCGCAUAAUGGGAUGACAGUGUGUUCCAGAUUCUCUGACUGCCCCCUCUCUUUAAUCUCCUUUUCCACACCUAUCAUUACCCAUGCUAUUGAUUGUGUUUGACUUGCUUGUUGUACUGAGGAGCCUUGCCAGGUUUUGAUAUUAAAACUCACUGUGAUUCUUUUUUUUUCUAAAUUUUUUAAAUUUUAAAUUUAUUUUGUGUAUGAGUGUUUGCCUGCAUGUGUAUAUGUUUAUUGUGCCUACCAGCUGCCCACGGAGAGCAAAAGAAACUAUUAGACGCCCUAAAACUGGAGUAUAGGUGGGUGUAAGCCUUCGUGCAGGUCAUCGAAACUUAACCCAGAAAGAGCUCUUAAUCGCUGAGACAUUUGUUCAGGACUGAAAAUGACCCUUAAAAGAAGAAAGAAAAAGUUUUAUUUUCAAAAUAGAUUGUUGGGGUCCAGUGUGGUAGCAUAAGCCUUUAAUUGCAGCAAUCUGGAGGCCUACAGAAAAGAAAAGAGACGAAGAAAAGAAAAGGGAGAAAGAAAAUGAGAAAAAGUUUGCUCAUCUAGAAAAAAAUUAAGAAAAUAUUAUAAAGUUUACAAAGAUAGAUUAAAAGACAACAAAAAUUCCCCCACGAUCCUACAUCUCUUAAUAUUUAGUAUCACAUAAAUAUGGCUUUGUUUUAAUUUUCUUUUUAUGUGUAUGCUUAGGUUGACACAAAAUAUACAAGUCUCACUUCAAAGGGAGUAAAAGAUAGUUCAUUCUAAGACCAAACAUGGGUGACCAUGACCAAGCAACUCGGUGAUUCAGAUUAUGCCAAAAUCCACGUGCCUAUGUGGUUUCAUGACAUUUUUAUAGUAUCAGAACAACGGAACAGUUCAUAAAUCCGCAGACUUUUCAAAUACACAGGUAGAAACUUCAGGCAAGUGGGUACAGCAAAGUGAGAAACUUCUUUUGUAGAUCUCAGAUGCAAUCUGAUGUCAUUAUUAGCCUUUGGGCUGCUCUAUACACCCCAAAGAUGUUAGAUCACACAUAGAGAUGGGCUUACAUAACCCAAGAUACACUGGGUCUUGGUCUGCAACAUUCAAACUCUCUAUAACCAUUCAAGCUACAAUCAGUUAAUUAAUUAGUUAAUCAACAUUGUAGAAUGUUUAAUUCAAAGUGUGGCUCUUGUGUACUAGCUUCAGUUAAUGCAUACUUAUGCAUUUAUUUUAUUGUAAGAAUAAAUUAUACAAUAUAG